CAAAAAUUCUUGUCAAAUAUACCUGUUACUGUUAAGAGUUAAAAAAGCCGGUUAAUUAUCAGCGAUUACAAUCUGUGUGUUACAAUCUCUUAUCAUACCAUAUACAAAUUCCCUCAUUGUUGAAACGAGAGAUAUAAUAUCAAAGGAACAUAAUUCUUCUUUAUUUUGUUAUUUUUAAGUGUUUAAUUAAAAAAUAAAUCAAUAAGAGUCAGAAAAAAUACUUUUAUGAAUUCUGUGUGAGUUAAUUUUGUUUAUAAAUAGGUUACUAUUAUCUGUUAUGGUUACAAACAUUGAGUCGGGAGGUUUUAUCAGUGUUGUUACUGUAACCUGAAGUAUGUUUAAUUUUAAAAGUAAUGUUUGUGUAAAUAGUUCUUUUAACCUUUGGAAUAUGAAAAAAUGAACCUUAUGUGGAUAAUAUGAAGUACUGUAUUUAUUAAUGUAAAGUAUAAAUCUUAGACAAUAUGUUAACUGUUUAUUACAUUGCGGCCACUUGGCUUCAAUCAUGGCGUAUAAAUUCUAUUUUACAAAAAAUUAAACUUGUUAAUCAAAAAAGUGGCACGAUUGUUGUUCAUCAUGAGUUGCCGCCUUUAGUGUUUAAGUCACCAGUUAUGAAACAAAAACUGGAAGUAACAAGUGUGCUAUCUGAACAGUGUAUCAACAAAAAGAAUGGGAAUAUUGGAGAUCUCUUGUGGUAUUCUUCAAAUAAAAGAAUUGCCACUAUUUAUCCAAAGCAAAUUUUGGACAUUUCUGGCUGGAUAUCAAUUAUCCCUGGAAGGACUCACCUGCCGAUUCAGUUAAUGGGACACAAAUUAGCCGAUGUGCUUGAAGAUAAUAAUAAACUUUUCCUUUUGGUCGAGGCGAAUUAUAAUACCUGCCAAUAUCGAAUCAACUCACCUUUGCUAGAAGUAGAAAAAUUUGGCAUCCCUUUAGCUUGGCAUGCGGCUGAAUAUGUCUCAUUGCUGCUCGAAUCUGACGAGUUGAGAUUUGCUUCAUUGUGUGUCACCUUUUCUCAGAACAAUUUUACUUUGGAAAAUGGAAUCCAAAUAGUGAGAAUACAGAGUGUAGAUGUAAUCGGAACACCUUAUAAAAUCUUAAAUGUCGGAACUGUUCCUGAAACAUAUGCUCCAUUAGGGCCAUGCUUAAACAGGCACCAGCGAAAGGAAAAUUUCAUGUCUCGCUGGAGAGCUCAUAUUUCGAUGUUGUGUACCUUUUGCGAAGCUGUAAGCCAAGUUAAAGAAACUCAGCAAGAGAUAUCCGUAAGGCAUCCAGGAUCAGGUGUCGGGGCUGUUAAGUUGGUACCUCGUAAUUAUGAGACUCAACAGACUGCCGCUGGAAGCAACAACUCCCUCCAGAACAGUAGUAGCAUUAUAGAAGAGAUACUGGAUGGCGAUUAUAACUCCGCCAUAACAGAGGAGAGCCCUAUUCCUUCGAGUAUUCCUUCUUUGUCAAGGAUGAGUACCACAGAUGUCGGAUCUACUACUCCCGUAUCUACUAGGUGAUGAGAAUUGCAAUUUAUAGUUUAUUGUAAUAUAUAAAUAUAUUGUCAUUAGGCGUAAUUAUAUUAACAGUUACCACUAACGUAGCUAUCACAAUUGAUAUUAAUAAAUAUAUUGUUAUGAGAUGUAGCAGAAUGAGAGAAAAGGCUAGAUGCUAAUACUGUAAAAAAAAAAAAAAAAAUGCAUACUAACAGUCGCUCUAACUUCUCUUGUAUUAGCUUUAAAUUCGCAGAGACCUGAUAGCCAGUUUAGGCCAUUGUAAUUUUGUGUGACUUCUAGUCAAACGCUUAGAUAUUUCUUUAAAGUAAAAAUAAAUUGUGUUUUUAUUUCAUAAAUAAAUUUAUUGCCAUUGAA